AUGUCGUCUACAGCCUCCAGAGUGAUACGAGAAAAUUCCUUGUUAUUGGGCGAUUUGAGCCGAAAAAUCUGGGAACAUCCUGAGCUGAAUUUUCAAGAGAAAUAUGCGCACGAUCUACUCACUUCAGUUCUUGAGGAAUGGGGAUUUCAAGUGCAGAAGAAUUAUUUAUUGCCAACAGCGUUCAAAGCAUCCUUUGAGAGUAAGAAAGACGGGCCUACAAUAGCUGUUCUAUGCGAAUAUGACGCCUUACCUGAAAUGGGCCAUGCAUGCGGCCAUAACCUAAUAGCAGAAAUAGGAAUUGCAGCUGGGAUUGCAGUUAAAACAUGCAUGGAAGAAGAUGAAGGAAUAGCUGGAAAAAUUGUUGUUCUCGGGACUCCAGCUGAAGAAGGUGGAGGCGGUAAAAUCCUCAUGAUUGAGAAAGGAGCCUUCAAAGGCAUUGAUGUUGUCUUGAUGGCCCAUCCCCAAGCUGUAGACCGGCUAUAUCCCCUCAUCGUCGAUAUGGCAAUGGUAACCGUGAAUUUUUUUACCAAAGCAGAAACAGAUCCAUGGAGUGGUCAGAGUGCAGUAGAUGCUGCAGUGGUUUGCUACAACAACGUCGCCACUAUGAGGCGGUGCUUUGACAGAAAAUGGAGACUCAGUGGCGUUGUUUUCAAAGAUCAAGACCGUCGCUACUGCGAAUCUGCCGUUUCUACAGACAUAGGAAACGUGUCUCACGUGGUACCCAGCAUCCAACCAGAAUUCAGCAUCGGAAGUGGGGAAGUCAACCACACUCCGGAAUUUGCCACCGUUGCCGGUUCCAGUGAUGCCCAAGCUCCGACGCUCAUCAUAGCUGAAGCUCUUGCACACACGGUUGUUGAACUAAUGACGAACCCAAAACUGAUGAAAGAAAUUAAGACUGAGUUCGACGAAGAUCCAAUGCGUGAUGCGAGUGGAUAUUUUAGACAAACAGGUUGA